AUGCGAAAAAAAGCAAGACUGUCAAGGGACAACAAAGAGAAGAAUGAUGGGUUGGGAGGGCAACCAAGUGAUGCAGAUGGUAAUGAUGAUGAUGGUGACCGUGUUGAGGAAUCAGGUGGGGAUGAAGAAGUUGAGGAUGACGAAGUUGAAAAUGAAAAAAGUGAGGAUGAAGAAUUUGAGGAUGAAGAAAGUGAUGGUGAGAAUGAGAAAACUGAUGAUGAAGAAAGUGAUAGAGACUCUGCCGAUGGCAAUGAGGCCAAUAAGGAAGGUGAGGAUGAAGAAAAUGAUGGAGAGUCUGGCAAUGGCAAUGAAAGAAGCGAAGGUGAAGAAAGUGAUUAA